ACUGUCAGGUUCGUUGCCAAUCAAGCAUGCCUGGUCUCGUUUGGGUUCUGAAAAUCGAGGCAGAAACAAAAGGAAACUAAUCCUCAGAGCUCGAAUCCAACCCUAAAUCUCAGUUCCCACAAAAGUUGCUUUCAACUACAUACUUGGUGCUUGGAUCUGCUUCAAUUGGUGUGAGUCCUUGAAUCGAAUCCUGGAUCGAUCUGGUUGGGUUUUUGAAUUUGAUCGGUGGAUUCAGAGAGAUGAACAACGGAGAGGAAUCCUCCUCGAGAGUGGAAGAAAGCGGCGGCGGCAUGGAUGCCUCUCCGUGUUCAUCGUUACAUUACUCCUCCUGUGGCGAAUCUGAGUUCGAUCGGUAUUGUAGUGCGAACUCGGCUUUGGGAACGCCUAGUGUCUGCGGCUCCUCUGGCCCCUUUCACGAUUCCUUUGAUUCUGAUUUUCACAAUUUUACCUUGGGACCAACUCUAAAGCUCUCUGAUGGAGGAUUUGCCCCCCACAACACCAACAUUAUCCAAGAAAGAGACUCCAUGGAUCAGUUUAAUGAUGAAGAUGAUGAUUCACUUCCAGAUCAUUCUCGUCAAAAUUUAUGUUUUCUACAGCAUAAAGAGGAGUCUAAUGAUAACCCUUUUCUCAUCAAUUCUUCCACUGCCUUUGGUACUAAUGAUUGGGAUGAGUUUGAGCGUGAAGCCACACAACUUAAUGACUCUCCAUUUGAUGAAAGGUGUGCUGAAACUGAAGGGAUGUCCACUAAGCUUCCAGGAAAAGGGAUAGAACAUACAAACCUAACUGUCCUGAACCAAAGGGAGCAAGGGGGUGUAGCAAGAGACAGCAUAACUGUCAGAGGUUCUUCAGACCUGAGCGUUGAUAUAAAAACCUUGGUGGUUCCUCCUCAAGAAUCUCUUCAAGACAGCUUCCUUAGCAACAAUCGAACUGAAGAUAGACCUGUAGCCAUGAACUACCUUCAAUCUUGUGAUUCUGAUGAUGUCCUGGAUAUCACACCAGUUCAGUUAGGAAACGAAGAUUUUUCAUGUGGGAUUGGCCAUCUUGAUGGCAAUGUUUCUUUUGGACUACUUCACGAAUCAUUUGGGAAUGCAAACCUGUCAGUUCCAUUUGGAGAGUGCACCUCAGAACCUUUGUUGGCAUCUUCGAACUCUGAUAAGCCAUCAUCUACAGUUUCUCAUCCAAUAAUAAAUGCCUUACAGGUCACUAAUGCACAACCUAAGAAGGAGAACACAGAACUUAACGACUUCUAUGAUGAUUUUGUUCAUGAUAUGGAAGAUAUACUGCUCGACUCCGGGGAAUCAUCUGGGGCAAGGUAUUCUAAGAGUGACAAGAUGUUCCAGCUACAGCUCUCGCUUCCUAACAGGGAUGGGGGACAAACUGCUACAACCUCUGGUCUAGAGGAUUCAUCUCCAAUAGUCUCCCAGAGAUUUAGGAUUGAUAGGGUAGAAGUUGUCGGGGUGAAGCAAAAGAAAGGUGAUGUCUCGCUGAGUGAGAGGUUGGUUGGGGUGAAGGAAUACACAAUGUAUGUCAUAAGGGUUUGGAGUGGGAAGGACAAGUGGGAAAUUGAAAGAAGAUACCGUGAUUUUUAUAGUCUCUACCGUCGGUUGACAUCUUUAUUUGCUGAUCAAGGCUGGACGCUUCCUACACCUUGGGCCUCUGUGGAAAGAGAAUCCAGGAAAAUAUUUGGAACAUCGCCCAACGCAGUUGCUGAAAGGACAGUCCUUAUUCAAGAUUGUUUAAAUUCACUUCUUCAGUCCCGUUUCUUUCCCACACUUCCAAAUGCUUUACUUCGGUUUUUGUCCCCUCAAGAUGCAAGUUCUGCUGGGUCGGAUUCUAUAAUGUCUCCAACAGGCUCUGCUAGCGACACUUUUGCUGCGACCAGUUCUUCCUAUGGAAACACCAUCUCGCUCAUUGUUGAUAUUCGACCUCACAAAUCAGUGAAGCAGUUGCUAGAAGCUCAGCAUUACAUUUGCGCUGGAUGCCACAGAUACUUCGAUGAUGGAGCCACUCUUGUGCGGGACUUUGUUAAAGCUCUUGGAUGGGGCAAGCCUCGGCUUUGCGAGUAUACUGGUCAAUUGUUUUGUUCUUCCUGCCAUACAAAUGACAUGGCUGUCCUCCCAGCGAGAGUGUUACAUCAUUGGGAUUUUAAUCCUUAUCCAGUUUCUCAACUGGCAAAAUCAUAUCUGGACUCCAUACACGAGCAGCCUAUGCUAUGUGUAAGUGCGGUCAAUCCUUUUCUAUCCUCCAAGGUCCCUGCACUGAACCAUAUUAUGAGCAUCCGGAAAAGAAUUACCAUUAUGCUUCCAUAUGUACACUGCCCAUUCCGCAAGACACUCAACAAAGGACUCAGCACUCGGAGACACCUUCUUGAGAGCACUGAUUUUUUUGCUUUAAGAGAUCUAAUUGAUCUUUCUAAAGGGCCAUUUGCAGCACUUCCUGCAAUCGUGGAGACCGUUAGGAAGAAAAUUCUGGAGCAUAUAACAGAACAGUGCCUUGUUUGUUGCGAUGUGGGGGUUCCCUGUAACGCCAGACAAGCUUGUGACGACACAUCCUCUUUAAUAUUUCCAUUCCAGCAGGAAGAUGAGGUUAACAAAUGCCGGACGUGCGGUUUGGUUUACCACAAGAGAUGUUUCUCGAGACUGUCAAACUGCCAUUGCGGAACACAACUAAACCCAAUCAAGAGCUCUGCAGAGCUGCAAGUUUCGGAGAAGAAAUCAGAUUCCACGUCUGUCUUGCCUCUGAGAUUCCUCUCGGGUUUAUUUGGAAAGACAAAAAAAGACACAGAAACCACUAUUCUAAUGGGUUCGCUUCCAACCAAUGAUCUAUAAACUAUAUGUCUGAUUCUUUUAUGUAUGUGUGUUUAUGUAAACCUUUGACAUCUGUGUAACGUAAGCCUCACGUGUUAAACCUAAAUUCUUUUACAUUUUCUUGUAAAAAAGGGACAAUAAAAGUACGUUCUAGUGUUUUGACCAAAAAAAACAGUACGGUCUAGUGAAUUUUCUUUCUACACAAUAAAGGAGUGAUAAUGAUG